AUGGGUACCCGAACCGACAAACAAACCCGUAAUCUACUGAUACGGACCAAUAUCGCAUUGAUUCAACGAGAGAUCCGCGAACAAAGCAACUGGUAUAAUACUCCCCGCGUUGCGAUACGAAAGCGCUCAGGAAAAGUCAUACUGUCGCGACAGGGCGCCUCCAACGCCCAGAGUCGCAACCCUUCCGAUCUAAUCGAGGACUACGUCUUGGUUGAGUGCUAG